GGCCUUCAAUCAGCUGUGAAACACGCGACAGGAUAAGCGCUACAGUUCACAUUAGAUACGGAUUAAAAGGUAAGUAUGGUUUCAUCAAUAAGAUUUGUUUGUUUAAAACGUUAAAAAGCCAACAUAAUUUUAGAUUUCUAUACUUAAGUGACGCGAACUGGCUAAUUCACGAUCGCCAUGUAGUAUUAGCUUUUAUGCUAACUUACAGCUAUCGUUGCAACAGGAGCCUCCCUCGAACAUGACCAACUGGGUAUGCUGCAAUGUCUGUUUUCAUCCCCCUUCAGCCCAAAUUCGACUGGCCAUCACGUCGUGCGGCCACGUAUUUUGUUCUAAGUGCGCCUACAAAGGUAAACAAGGCAAGUGUCUGGUCUGCAAUGAGAAAUGUCAAAUAUCAGCUCUUUCUGACAAAACGCCCCCGGAUGUGAAGACCCUGUUCUUCGACAUUGACCAUACGACAAACGAGCAUUUAUUAGAGAUUGUCAAAGUUCUAAGGUUCCAGGCCAGACAUUCUAAAAGAUUGCUCACACACUACCGGGAAAGGAAUGAGAAACUGGAGGAGGGCUGGCUUAAGAUGAAGCAAGAAAAUCAGCAGAUGGCCAACCAACUGAAAGAACAGCACGCCUACAUCAGUGAACUGAAACAUUCACUUCAAAGUUUAAAGGCCUCAUCAAUGGGCCACGGCUCCCAAGGUGCACACGGAAGAAAUGUCCGGCAGUUCCCGUUUAACUCUACCCCAGUGCUCUCCAGACAUUCCUCAUCAAGCAACAUUCAUGGCAACGUGGUAGCAGAUGAACCGCCAAGUUUCUUACAACCACGCCAGAGCCAGAGCCAGCCUAUCAAUGUCCCCGGUUUGUCACGCAUCAUUCCUCCACAUGAUGGACGCAUGGCAGGCUUAAUGCCACAGAGGAGGUCCAGCCAAACGACCAACUACCCCGUAUUCUCGACCACAGUCAGUCGUAGCCAGAGAACACCGGUGACACCCAACUUGUCAUUUGGACGGCCGUCCACCUGGAAUUCACCUUUCUGCCAACCUUCCCAGUCCUUCCAGUUGCACCCUCGUCCCUAAAAGCAGGUGCAUGCACAGCCAACUGCAUGCUUAUGGUUUCUUUUUGUGCCCGUUUUUUUUUUUUCUUUUUUUUUAAACGGUUCUAUGCUCUGAAAAACUGGAAUUAAAUGAAUAAUAAAUACAGUUCAGCGGUUGCGACACUUCAAAUGAGGCCUUGUAACUUUUAUUUGUGUG